AUGGCUGGUGAAGGACAUGGUGACAAGCAUGUUCGACGUACUCUGGAGGAUUAUGCUUCAUUCUCCACCCCUCUUAAUUUCAGCAGCAUCGCACGUCCUAUGGUGAAUGCUGCCAACAUGGAGAUGAAGCCAGCUUUGAUUCAUUUAGUCCAGAGUAACCAGUUUCAUGGCCAUUCACAUGAGAAUCCAUACACCCAUUUGGCUACUUUCUUGGAGAUCUAUAACACAGUGAAGAUUCACCAAGUGCUAGAUGAGGCCAUCAGAUUGAGUCUUUUCCCUUUCUCUUUGGCUGGGAAUGCUAAGGUUUGGUUGAACUCCUUUCCUGAGAAUAGUUUGACUGACUGGGAGGAUGUUGUAGCCAAAUUCUUGAACAAGUACUUUCCACAAUCAAAGGUCAAUAAAGGGAAGCAAGAAAUCUCAUCCUUUCAACAAGAAGAUUCUGAGUCAUUGAGCCAAACAUGGGAUAGGUUCAAAGGCUUGUUACGAAGAACCCCUACUCAUGGUUUUGACAUGCCUACGCAACUUCCUCUAUUCCUUGGAGGAUUGCAAUCUCAUACUAAAUUGAUGUUGGAUGCCUUAGCUGGAGGCAAUAUCAAGUGGAAGACACCUGAGGAAGCCCAUGAAAUGAUUGAGAAUAUGGCAUCUAAUGAUAAUGAAACACAGAAUGAGAGGGCCACUUCACAGAAGAAAGGAGGUAUGCUAGAGCUUCAGUCUCAGGAUGCAAUAUUGGCUCAGAACAAAAUAAUGACUCAACAACUUGAAUCAGUAAUGAAGAAGCUUUCUCAAUUGCCUAAGGAACUUCAGAAUGUCUCUCAGGCUCAACACCAACAAGCUGUGCAAGGAUGUGAGUUGUGUGGUGGAGAUCAUCCAAAUGGGCAGUGUGUCAUGAAGACCAAUUCUCAGGAAGAGGUUAACUACAUGGGAAACCAAGGCCGUCAGGGUAAUUAUGGUAACUACAACCAAGGUUGGAAGCCUCACCUAAGCAUGGGCCAACCUGGACCUUCUAACAGACCUCUACCUCAAUCCCAACCAUCUUUGAAUGAUAGGACCACUAAACUUAAGGAAGCAAUGCAACAGUUUGUGCAAGUGUCUAUUUCCAAUCAAAAGAGCACGGAGGCAUCUCUCCGUAACUUGGAAAUGCAAAUUGGGCAACUUGCUAAGAAGUUGGAGGACAAGCCAGAGAAGAACUUUGGGGCUAAUACUGAGGUUAACCCCAAGGAGUAG